AUGGAGUCUCAGUCACAUCCGCACAAACCUGUCCGCAGUAAUUUCUCGAGGACACAUACCACAGAGCUCGAACUGACUGCCACGAAGGAAACCCCAGCCCUAGCCUUGAGCAGCCACGAAGGAUACCUGGAGCAGCCCUGCCAGGGAUUUCUGGAACAGGAGAACCACAGCCUGAAAAGGCAGAACCAGGACCUGCGGGAGCAGCUGGGGGCCCUCCUGGGGCCGGGGCAGCAGUUCCUGCCCCUGUGUCGAGAGCACUCCAGCUGCACGGCCCUGGCCUGGCCCCGCGCACCAGCCAGACACCCACCCCCGGACGACAGGGCGUCCCUGCAGCUGUGCCGGGGGGAAGAGACCUUCGUGCAGCAGUCCCAGCACGAGCUCCAGCAGAUCCGCCUGUCCUUUGAGAGGAAGAAGAUGGCCAUCACUGAGGUGUGGGACGGCGUGGCCGAGGUGCACAUGGCCCUGAACAACCAGGCCACCGGGCUCCUGAACCUCAAGAAGGACAUCCGGGGCGUGCUGGACCAGAUGGAGGACAUUCAGCUGGAGGUUCUGAGGUGACGUGCCCGCCUGGGGCCUGGCUGGGCCAGGGCG